AUGGAGGUAAAUAAGGAUGAAGCUUCACGAUGCCGAGACAUUGGAGCCGGAGCGCUCCGACAAGGACAGUUUGAUCGUGCAAUAAAGUUUUUCAAGAAAUCUCUAUCCAUGUACCCACUGCCCGGUGUCGAGGCACUGCUUGCUCAAGCAGAAAGAUCGUCGUCGAACGCAACUGGGGAGAGUGCAACGCCGCAAGGGGGAAGAGCAUCGAGCAGACCUUCUACAACGAGCACAUCUGCUACAUCUUCUACAACGCGAACAGAAUCCGGUCCUAGCACAGCAUCAGAAAGAAAUGGCAGGAGAGGGUACACACAACAACAAGUCGAAAUUGUUGAGAAAGUGUUGAAAGCGAGACAAGGUGGUAGAGGAGCUCACUAUCGAGUCCUCGGAGUGAGUGAAAAUGCAUCGGAAGCAGAUUUAAAGAAAGCUUAUCGAAAGCUAGCACUGAAGCUACACCCCGACAAGAAUUCCGCCCCACAAGCAGAUGAAGCAUUCAAGGCAGUUGGUUUGGCCUACGGAACAUUGUCUGAUUCCCAAAAAAGGACCAUAUAUGACCGCUAUGGGGACGAAGACCCCGACAAUAGAGGAGGAGGAGGAAUGAGACCUGGUGCUGGAGGGGUGCACUUUCGCCCUGGCCAAGAUGUCAGCCCAGAAGAAAUAUUCAACAUGUUUUUUGGUGGCGGCAUGCCUAUGGGAGGGCACAUGAGAGGUCCAGGGGGGGUUCAUUUCUAUUCCAACUUUGGUCCAGGGCCUCGCUUUAGGCAACAACAGCGUCGAGCGGGACAGAAUCAACAGCAACCUCCGAAUCCAGUUCAAAAUCUUCUCCAAUUUCUGCCUUUCUUUCUCAUUGUGCUCUUGUCAUUCAUGAACAUGUCGGAUAGUGGCGAAAGAGCAUUCAGCAGUGGAGAGGGUCGUUAUUUUAGUCUUACGCAAAAAGAACCUUUUGUCCAUCCAUUGCAGACGAAACUAACUGAAGUGAAAGGUAUUCCAUAUUUUGUGGAUGCUGGCUUCAUGAAAACCAUAUACCGCAACAGAUACAAGAUAGCUCAAGUAGAGAGGAUGGUUCAGACGGCAUACGAAGGAUAUUUGGUGGACGAAUGCAAAAGUCAAGAAAAAUAUAAGAGCAGCUUACUUGCAGAGGCAAGCAAAAAAGAAUCACCGGAAGAGGUCAAGGCCGCAAGAAAAGCAGCGCAGCAGUUUGAACUAUCGCGAUGUGACGAACUGAGCGAUUUAUUCCCCCAUCGAAAAUACAAAAGAUCAAGGGCGAUAUAA